AUGAUCACCCUUAUCAUCUUGGUCGUUUCCAUUGUCGUCUUACUGAUUGUUUUCAAUCAAAUGAGCUACCAAAACUGCUUUCAAGUAGCCUUGGUGAUAGGAGAUGUAACUGGCACGGCGGUGAAUUUCCAAUACGCCGGAAUUACUCAUCACACCAUGGCGUUUCUGGGUGUUCCUUUCGCCGAAACCACCGCAGGAGAAAGGCGGUUUCGAAAACCCGAGGUUAAUAAGGGAUGGCAAGGAGUGUUGAACGCAACACACAAGCGGAUGCCCUGCUGCCAAAAAAUCACGAAAGGCAACGAACAACUUAUGUCCUCGUUAGCCAGCUCUACUGAGGACUGCCUUCAUUUGAACAUCUGGGUUCCGACUGAUUGUAUGGAGGGAAUUCAGACGUAUCCAGUCAUCUUUUGGGUGUAUGGUGGUGGUUUCGAAAAUGGAGGAAACAACUACGACGUCUACGAUGGCCGUUAUAUCUCGGCGUUUGGAAAUUUAGUCGUCGUGGUACCCAACUACCGCAUCAAUGCGUUCGGAUUUCUCAACGCUCAGACACAGGAUGUGCCUGGAAACAUGGGAAUGCACGAUGUAAUUUUGGCGUAUCAGUGGGUGUUGGAUCAUAUUGGCAGCUUUGGGGGAGACAGAGAAAACAUAGUCAUCGCUGGACAGAGCGCGGGUUCUAUAAUUGCUGGGCUCCUUAUGAUUAGCCCCACACUACCGUCAUCGUUUUUUUCGAAAGCGUACUUGAUGAGUGGCUCAGUGUUCACAAUGCUGCCAGAAAAUUCAAAUGACUUUGCACGAGAAAACUUCGAUAAUCUUGCUAAGGAAGCCAACUGUUCGAUGACAACAACUACGAAAACUCUGAGUUGUCUUAGAGAAAAGACGAGCGAAGAAAUUUUAGCUGUUCAUCUAAAAACUAAGCAAAUGUUCUCUCCCAGCUACUUUGAUGAAAUCUUACCCAGUGAUAUAAAAACACUAAUUAAAUCGUUCAAUGCCUCAAAUAAAACUAUCCUACUUUCAACGACUCGGUCAGACGGAAGUGCUUUCUUCGAGAGCAUGUUCAAGGACGUGGUUGAACAAGGAUUGGAAUUCUCACCUUCCAUGCUUACGAAAAAAUACCCCUCAGUGUUUGAGAAUAUAGAUAUGAAAAUGCUUGAAAUGGUGAUUGCAUCUUUUGGAGGUGCCUACAACAUAUCUCAGGACGACUACAUGGGGUGGAAAGAAAUCUUUACCGAUGUCUUAUUUCGCUGUGUAAUGGAGUAUAUGGGCAAGCUGUUUGACAAUAGAGGCGCCACUGUCUACUUCCAAGAGUUUUGGCCCAAGCCUUCUUUCGUUAACUCCAGUGGAGUCUACGCUUCCCAUGCUGACGACGUCUACAUGUUGUUCGGAUAUCCAUUCCUCUAUCCGUUGCUGGCAACGGACAUCGAGCGAAAAACAUCUCUUCGGAUGAUUGGUACACUGGCUGCUUUCGCCAAAGAAGGGUAA